GUGCCCGGCCAGAGGGGAAGCGGCGAAUGUGCCCGGCCGGGGGGCUGCUGUGCCGUGCCGUUCUGCCGGCUGGGGGUGGUGGAAGCGCCGCGCUGCCUCCCCGCCCUGUGCCGGGUCGCGCCGGCGGCAGCGCGGGGGUGCCCGUGAGGGGAAUCGGGGCUGUCCCGCCGGGACAGGGCCGGGUCCCGCCCGGCCGCUGCCAAACAUCUGCCCGGCCCGGACCAGGGACUCGACGUCUUUAGAAAAGGUUAAAGGAGCUGACUUUUUUCCCGGUAAACUUCUAUAGUUUAGUGUGAAGCCUUUUUUCCCCAUAGCUGGUUGAAUCUCAUUCUCCUGAGUAGAUUAUGUGCUUCUUUGUGGGUUUCUGCCUGCUAUGGGUAUGUGUGCUUCUCUAUUCUUGAUGAUACUGAGCUAAGAAAAGGAGAUGUGGUGUCUUACCAGAGAAACAACGUCAAGGCAACGUGAGGCAGAAGUUCUCCUUCAUAAUUGCAGCGUAGGAAUGAUCAUGUACAAUGAAAGCUUACGUAACAAGCUCUAUAAUGGUAAUGUAUUUGAUAAUGGUAAGCUCUCAAUCAGUGAGGCCAGUUAUCGAACACAAAUGGUUUUCUGCUGAAGUACAGCAGGAAGAAGAUACAGGAAGAAGUUUAGGAAUUCAAGUUACCGAGUGAGCACAGCCCUAAGGAGAGUCAUGUAAAAUUUCAGACAUCAAAAUUGUCCUCUUAAAGGGUAAAUUGUCGUAUAAUGGGGGAGAAGGAAUGCUUGCUUGUUACAGAGUGAGUCAAAGACGUGUGUAUUAAAUUGUAUUGUGACCUUUUCAUAAUUUCUUAAAGAAGCUAUUUCCUGCAUAUCAGAUGAUACUUUGAAGAUAUUUUUAAACUGUGUGGUUUGUGUCUUUUUCCUGCUAAAUUAUGUACAGUGAUUUGAGUCCAAAAUAGUUCUAAUAUGAAUAUCCAUGUUCCAUCCCACAUGGGAAUGUGAACAAUGCUGGAUGGGUACUGGCUUACAUUUGGAUCAUAACUAGUUCGAGUGCUCCCCCAGAAGUGUCUGACAGUGCAUUUCUCUCAUUUGAACUGCAAGUGUAUUUUUGUGAGCUUGCUAACUGACUCUGAAUUGUAAUUUGCCUCUUUUUUUUGCACUAAUAAAGGUAAACCUGCUCUUUAACUUAAAGAAGCCAUCAAUUACUACUUCUGGUAUCCUUCAGUAACCUUUUUCUGCCUUUUGCAUUUCACCUGAAGAGAUGCUUCAGGCCUAUAAAUGUGAAUACCAAACCCCAGUAUUUUUAUUGGGUUUGGUUUUGUUGGGCUUUUUUUUUUCACUGUAGUAGAAAUGCUGUGGGUGGGUGAAUCUUCAUAAUGUGCUGUUCUACUGGUUUAUUAAGGUAAUUUAAUCAGGAUUACUACAUCAUUUGAUUCUAAAUGAUCUGAACUUGCAAAGAGGACCUUGUCCAUUCAUGCUUCUCUCUGACAAUUAACUCAGCCUUAAAAAGGAAACUUGGAGGAGCUAUGGGUGAGCCUAAUAACACAUGUGAAUAUUCCCACUGGGAAAAGAACCCCACUUUGUCCUGUUGUUACCUAUUCCUGCUGUGUUGCAGUUAACAAACAGGAAGGAGCUUUGGUAAAUUCCCCCAGGAACAAGUAUCUGUUAAAAGUGUGAACUUAAAGGAAGUGUGGAACUUACCCAGAAUCCAGAGAAGAGUUUCAGAAAAAUUAAGAAAAGCAGGUGCCUGGUUUAAGAGAGAGACCUGCUGCUCCUGACCAUGUCGAGGAGAAAGCUGGAGAAUAAAAACCUUUCUGGCUUGUUGGCCACAUCUCUGCACACACCAAUCAAGACAGAUAACUUCUACAAUUUUUACAUGCUGGAAUCAAAAGAGCUAGGAAGAGGAAGAUGUGCUGUGGUUAGAAAAUGUGUAGCUAAAUCCACAGGCCAAGAGUAUGCAGCUAAAUUUUUAAAGAAAAGGAGAAGAGGUCAAGACUGCAAAGCAGAGAUUGUGCAUGAAAUUGCUGUCCUUGAAUUAAUGAAAUCCAAUCCUCGCAUAGUUAAUCUGCAUGAAGUCUAUGAAACAGCAAAUGAAAUCAUCUUAGUGUUGGAAUAUGCUGCUGGAGGAGAAAUAUUUGACUUGUGUGUCCCAGAUCUGGAUGACAGAAUUGGUGAAAGGGAUAUUGUAAGGCUUAUAAGGCAAAUACUUGAAGGACUUUGCUGCUUGCAUGAAAACAAUAUUGUUCAUCUUGAUUUAAAGCCUCAAAAUAUUUUGCUGAGCAGCAUCAAUCCUCUUGGUGAUGUAAAAAUUGUGGAUUUUGGGAUGUCCCGGAAGCUUGAGAAUUCCAAUGAGCUGCGGCAGAUCAUGGGAACCACAGAGUAUCUCGCUCCAGAAAUCUUGAACUAUGAUCCUAUUACCACAGCUACAGACAUGUGGAACAUCGGUGUCAUCUCAUACAUGCUGCUGACACAAGAAUCUCCAUUUGUGGGAGCUGAUAUUCAAGAAACUUACCUUAAUAUAUCUCAAGUUAAUGUGGAUUAUUCAGAAGAAACAUUUUCAUCAGUUUCACAGCCUGCAAAAGACUUCAUUCAAAAACUUCUCAUAAAAAAUCCAGAGGACAGGCCCACUGCAGCAGACUGUCUGUCCCAUUCGUGGUUGCAGCAAGGAGAGCUCACGCUCCUGUGCAGCCCUGAAGAGAUUUGCUGCUCCUCUCAGCUGCCAGGACACACAGCCAAGUGCUCAGAAGACUGGAGUGUAAAAUCCAGCUGCAAUGGGAGCUGCAGCGACAAGGAGGACAAGGAGAACAUCCCAGAGGACAGCAGCACGCUCUCCAAACGCUUCCGCUUCGAUGACUCGUUGCAGUAUCCCCAAGACUUCGUGACAGACUUUGUGUGCUAAUGUAGAACAUAGACUUUUCAUGGAAUGAAUUCAGCAUACUCUGUUCCAGUGGUGAAAAAAAAGGUUCUGGCUUGCCAAUUCGUGCAGCAUUGGCAUACUGGACAUGCACUUUGAUUCUUUUAUGCUGGUGCCUCCUUUUCUAUCCAUUGCUGGCAGUGGAUUUAACUCCUGAGGAAGGGGAGUUGUUGCACCAAUAAAAUGAAUUAUUUUUUUUAAGACGAUAUAAUUAAAUAUUUUUGCACUUUUCAAGUUCUAGUCAAAAGAUGAUGCUAGAGUGAACAAACUGAAACCUGCAAAUGAGUCUAAGCAUAGCCUGUGCCAAACAGGGGCUGAACACAUGCAUGCUGUUAGGACUACCUUAGUAAGAGAUUGGGAAGGGAAGCAGGGAAGCUGAAUCUUGCUGGUUUACUGGAGUUGCUUGCUACCAUUCUCACCACUUUGAAUAGAGGCUAAAUUUGGUAUGUUUUGGGACUAUGUUGCAUCUGUUGGGUCCAUUUGGAACCUCUGGGAUCACUAGUAGUUCUGCCUUAUGGAUCUGGUCUACUUGGGCAUUGUCAUGCAUAUUCUGUGUGGUUAUGCUGUGUUGGAUCUCUGCAACACAUGGCAUAGAAGACAGGUCGAUUGUCAGUCCUUGUGCUUAUGGUCCUUGGCUUCUUAUAAUAAAUUACAUUGGAAGAUGAGGUUCCUAUGCUGAUGUGAGUAUUUGAACUUGGUGGUUUGCUUUGAUCAAACCUCUGAAAUAGUAUAAUCUACCUGUAUUGAUUUUUCUUUAUCUUAAAAAAAAACCUCCAAAACAAUCCCCCCCAAAAAACCUCACACAAGCAAGCCCCAAACCACAAAGCCUCCAGUUAAAAGAGUAAACUGAGUAAACUGAAAAUAACCAUUUUUGCCAGUGAAACAGCAAUUGAAAGUUUUUCUCUGUGUCCCUCUAAUGUAGAAGUGUAUCUUGCUGUCAAUUAGUCUUGCCCAUAAUUACUCAGCUUCUUGCCUGCUCUGAGAAAUGGACUGCAGUGUGUUAGUAUUUCAAGACAAACUACCUAAAAAUUGUUUUAAGCCUUUAAAAUUGGUUUGGUUAGUGGUAUUUUUUUAAAGUUCUGUGCCUUCCACUUCUACUUGUUUCUGGCUCUGAGGUAAUAAUGCCUGUGUCAAGUUUUGUUAUAAAGCAAAUGCCAGUUGUGCCUUAACAACCUGAAAGUAAUACUCAUAAAAUAAGCCCCUUAAUCAUAACAGAGCCUGUGAGCCUUUUGGGGCAGUGAAUUUAUUAAAACUCUUACAGAUAUUUUAAAAGUAAAUGCCACUUUAACAUAUUUCUAUAUUUUCCACUCCUCAAAGAUUAAAUUUAAUUGUCUUUAAAUUGGAUUUGCUUUCUGUAAUAAAAUACCACAAUCUGAUAAUCUU